GCCAGGUUAGUUUUCGGAUGUUCAGUUCCUUUGUUACAAGCUGGUGAAACUGGUCCAUCCUGUCUUGAAGUUGUCGGUUUAAUUUUGCCUUUUUUAUAGCUAGUAUCAUCUACAAAACCAUUUUUAGAUGCACGGUUCAUGCUGCAUCUGCUAUAGUGACGAUGCGACCUGGCUAAACACAGAGAUAGAGAAGAUAAACCAAGUGUUGAAGACUUGGCCAUGGAGACGUGUCUUAACAAUGUCAGUCACUGGUGAUAAAAGAGGUCUCAAAUGUAAAGGAGUUAUAGUGAAGAUGCGACCUGGCUAAACACAGAGAUAGAGAAGAUAAACCAAGUGUUGAAGACUUGGCCACGGAGACGUGUCUUAACAAUGUCAGUCACUGGAGAUCGUAAGGCUCUCAGAUGUGAAAUCUGCUUAAAAUAUUUCACGUUUAAGUCCUUCCUAGACGUGCAUAUGCGCGUUCAUACUGGCGAGAAGCCUUUCAGAUGUGAAGUGUGCAAAAAAUGUUUUGCAUCCAAUUCCAGCUUAAAAAGACAUAUAUCCAUUCAUAAUAGUGAAAGAGAUUUGAAAUGUGCCACGUGCACAAGAUGUUUUCUAUCCAAUUCCAGCUUAAAAAAACAUAUGUCCAUUCAUAAUAGGGAAACGGGUUUCAGUUGUGAAGUGUGUACGAAAUGGUUUGCAAGGGCUGACAGCUUAAAGUGGCAUCUGUUCAGUCAUACGGGUGAAACACCUUUCAAAUGUGCGGUGUGCAAAAACGGUUUUAAAAGAAGUGACCACUUAAAACGGCAUAUGCAGAUUCAUACUGGUGUAAACCCUUUCAAAUGUGCGGUGUGCAAAAACGGUUUUAAAAGAAGUGACCACUUAAAACGGCAUAUGCAGAUUCAUACUGGUGUAAACCCUUUCAAAUGUGAGGUGUGCAAAAACGGUUUUAAAAGAAGUGUAAACUUAAAACGGCAUAUGCAGAUUCAUACUGGUCAAAACCCUUUCAAAUGUGAACUGUGCACAAAAUGUUUUAGAAAUGAUUACCUUUUAAAGCAGCAUGCAGUGAUUCAUUCUGAUGAAAAACCUCACAAAUGUGAAGUGUGCUCAAAACGUUUUAAAUACAUUACCAGCUUAAGACUGCAUAUGUUUUGUCAUACUGAUGAAAAACGUUUCACAUGUGAAGUGUGCACAAAACGUUUUACACGCAGUUCCUGCUUAAAAGAGCAUACGUUGAUUCAUACUGGCGAGAAACGUUUUAAAUGUGAAGUGUGCACAAACCGUUUUGCACAUGCUAACGAUCUAAAACGGCAUAUGUUGAUUCAUACUGGUGAAAAACGUUUCAAAUGUGAAGUGUGCACGAUACGAUUUGCAUCCAGUGGCUCGUUAAAACGGCAUAUGUUGAUUCAUACUGGUGAAAAAGCUUUCAAAUGUGAAGUGUGCACGAAAAGAUUUGCAUCCAGUUGCACGUUAAAACAACAUAUGUUGAUUCAUACUGGUGAAAAACCUUACAAAUGUGAAAUGUGCACAAAAUGCUUUACACAGAAUCCCAGCUUAAAACACCAUAUGUUGAGUCAUACUGGUUAGAAACUUUAGUAAUGGGAAGUGUGCGCAUAACGUUUUAUUCACAGGCACAGCUUAAAACGGCAUAUGUUGAGUCAUACUAGUGCAAAAAACCGUUCGGUACAGAAAUGUGUGUACAUGUGUUAGAUGAUGUCGGUAAUUAGGCAGGACAGUAUGGAAAGGUCGGGACGAGACAUAUUUUAAAGGCAUACUGUCACGGAUUUAAGGACCAUAUUUCUCUAAAAUUGGAUAAUAAAUAAAAAAAACAUUAAUUGUUGCAAACUAAAUCUAGCUAUCGCAUCACCUUAACUGAACCA